GCCCUUGUCAGCGGCCCUCCGUGUCCUGAGGAGAGCGUUUGCGUCGCUCUUGGUGUGACGCUGUGCGUGUGGGUGCUUCCGUGUGUGAGUGCGAGUCCGACGGCGUGUAUGUGUGUAAGGGUCCGUGCGUCGGUGUGUGCGUGUGGGUGCGCGGGCCAGGGCGCGCUUGUGAUCGCGACGCAGCCUCCUCUUCUUCCUCCUCCCCUCCCGGGCCUUUUCCACGGUCCGCGCUUGCCGCUCGUCGCGGGCUCGGCGCCCCGAGCUCGUGGGCUCCUCUCGCCGCCCACGGUCAAGUUUGUUCGUUAGCUUCGAGCGGUUUGAAAAAGGUUUUGUGAAGAUGUAAAAUGUGCGCUCUUGUGAUUUAAAGGCCCUUAGGUUUGCCUUAAUUUAUCUCUGGGUGCUCCCGUCCAACAUGAAAUCCGCUUUGUAGAAAUUGACCUUGUAAAACCACUGGUCAAUUAAAUUAUUUUCCGCUCUGAUGACACCCUCACCUCUUCCCCGUAACUUGUAUGUUAGAGCAGGGCUUCUUAAACUUUUUCCCCUCGAGACUGUCCGAGAAGUUUUUGCAUGGCCUGGGAUAUGUGGCUAUAUAAAAAAUGUACAAAUUAAAUACUUACUGGAGAUCUCAGUCCUGCUGAGCUGAUGAUCCUGACCAUAGGUGAUGUUAUUAAACAAUUGAUUGAAGCCCAUCAACAGGGGAAAGAUAUUGAUCUAAAUAAAGUGAAAACCAGAACAGCUGCCAAAUAUGGCCUUUCAUCCCAACCUCGACUGGUAGAUAUCAUUGCUGCAGUCCCACCUCAAUAUCGGAAAAUCUUGGUGCCCAAGUUAAAAGCAAAACCAAUUAGAACUGCCAGUGGGAUUGCUGUUGUGGCUGUGAUGUGCAAGCCUCAUAGAUGUCCACAUAUUAAUUUUACAGGAAAUAUAUGUGUUUACUGUCCUGGUGGACCUGACUCAGAUUUUGAGUAUUCAACUCAAUCUUAUACAGGAUAUGAGCCAACUUCCAUGCGAGCUAUCCGUGCCAGAUAUGACCCUUUUCUCCAGACAAGACAUCGAAUAGACCAGUUGAAACAACUAGGUCACAGUGUGGAUAAGGUAGAAUUCAUUGUGAUGGGUGGAACAUUUAUGGCCCUCUCAGAAGAGUACAGAGAUUAUUUUAUCCGAAAUUUGCAUGAUGCCUUAUCUGGACAUACUUCAAACAGUGUAUCUGAAGCAGUCAGGUACUCUGAAAGAAGCCUCACAAAAUGCAUUGGUAUCACCAUUGAGACACGACCAGAUUAUUGCUUGAAGAAGCAUUUGAGUGAUAUGUUAUCCUAUGGCUGUACAAGAUUGGAGAUUGGAGUGCAAAGUGUUUAUGAAGAUGUAGCCAGAGAUACCAACAGGGGGCACACAGUAAAGGCAGUGUGUGAAUCAUUUCAUCUGGCUAAGGAUGCAGGUUUCAAAGUUGUGGCCCAUAUGAUGCCAGAUUUGCCAAAUGUGGGAUUAGAAAGAGACAUUGAGCAGUUUAUAGAGUUUUUUGAGAACCCCGCCUUCCGCCCUGAUGGUAUGAAGCUCUAUCCUACACUGGUAAUACGUGGAACUGGUCUUUAUGAGCUUUGGAAAUCAGGAAGAUAUAAGAGUUAUUCUCCUAGUUGCCUUGUGGAAUUAGUAGCUCGAAUAUUGGCUCUUGUACCACCAUGGACACGAGUAUACCGUGUUCAGAGAGAUAUUCCAAUGCCUUUAGUCAGCUCAGGAGUAGAGCAUGGAAAUUUGAGGGAGCUCGCAUUUGCAAGAAUGAAAGACCUUGGAAUACAGUGCCGUGAUGUAAGAACCAGAGAGGUUGGAAUCCAGGAAAUUCAUCAUAAAGUGAGGCCAUACCAGGUUGAAUUGGUUAGGCGAGAUUAUGUGGCAAAUGGUGGCUGGGAGACUUUCCUAUCAUAUGAAGAUCCUGAGCAGGACAUUUUGAUUGGCCUUUUACGUUUGCGGAAGUGUUCAGAGGAAUCAUUUCGACCUGAGUUGAAAGGAGGUGUUUCCAUAGUUCGUGAACUACAUGUAUAUGGGAGUGUAGUUCCUGUGAGCAGUCGUGACCCUACAAAAUUUCAGCAUCAGGGAUUUGGCAUGCUACUCAUGGAAGAGGCAGAAAGGAUAGCUAAACAAGAGCAUGGAGCUCAGAAAAUUGCUGUCAUUUCAGGAGUUGGCACUAGGAAUUACUACAGGAAGAUUGGCUAUGUCUUAGAAGGACCUUACAUGGUAAAGAAGUUGAUCUAACAUCCAUCUUUAUCCCAGGAUGCUUAUGGCAAGAAGGGUAAACUAAAUUUACAGUUAUAAGAAAGAAGGUAUGGGAGAAAGAAGACUAAUGAAACCAAAAGGAAGUUUUCUCUCAUUCCCAAAAAAACAAAACAAAACCAAUCUGGCAAUAAAGGUCCAUUUUGUAAGCACCGAUUCUCAGAAAUUUUUGAUAAUCUGCUUAGACACUCGGCCCAGUGACACUGAACGCCUAAGCAGAACAUAUGCCUUAACCUUUGGGCCCGUUUUUCUUCUGUGGCAAGAGUUAUUAAAUUGAGCUAUUUUUGUUUAACAAUAAAGCUUCAGUUUUCAUCAGA